CAUUUCCUUUUCGUCAUGGCCAAACGCGGAACACCCAAUGCAUGCGACGACACCGUAUCGCUUCUUCCCUCCCACCGGAAGAAAGCCAAGCCCUCCGCCUCUAACCCCGACGUCUGCUUCGUCGGAAAGCCCAUUCCGGCCACCGAGGCCCGCGCUAAGUGGCCCCACCGUUACCACGCUGAAAAGAAAGGUUCAGCUCCAAACUCAAAACAAGGUGCCUGCGAGAACAGUGAGGUUAUGCUUGCAUUGCGUCAUUACCGUCAAGCAAAGAUAGAUGGAGUUCUGUAUAGCCUCUAUGACGAUGCUUAUGUUAAGGCGGAAGGUGAUAAACCUAAUUAUAUUGCGAAGAUUGUUGAGAUGUUUGAAACCCUUGAUAAGGAAUUAUAUUUUGUGGCUCAGUGGUUUUACAGGGCUGAGGAUACAGUUAUCAAAAACCACGGUGAACUUGUUGACAAGAAACGGGUGUUUAUAUCUGAUGUAAAGGACGCGAAUCCGCUGGAUUGUAUUGUUUCCAAAGGCAAAAUUGUUGAAGUAUCUUCGCAUGUGGACUUGACCGGAAACAAGAGAAAAAUCCCGUCUUGUGAUUUCUACUGCAACAUGAAGUAUACUGUGCCGUACUUGACCUUUUCAAACCUCGUUAAUGAAACAGCCAAAAUAGAAAGCGACGCAUCUUCGACAAUCUCUAGUGAAACGGGUUCUAAUGGUGUUGUAAACGAUACUAAUAAUCUUGCUAAUGGAAAGAAUAAUGAAAAUAACAGCUCUGAUUUGUCGGAGUGGACUUUGCUGGAUUUGUAUUCUGGUUGUGGAGCCAUGUCCACAGGGCUUUGUUUGGGUGCAUCUUUGGCAGGCAUCAAACUUGUCACGAGGUGGGCCGUUGACAUUAAUCCACAUGCAUGUAAAAGUUUGAAGUUAAAUCACCCUGAAACUCAGGUCAGAAAUGAGCCUGCGGAAAACUUUUUAAAUCUAAUAAAAGCUUGGGCUAAACUUUGUGAGGAGUUUUACUUGAUAGGAUCAGAACGUUCAGAUUCUGAUCCAGACAUGGAUGAAGACGGAGUUGAUAAUGAUAGCGGUGAUGUGAAAAAUGAAGACACAGGAAAUCAAUCUGACUCUGAGGAUUUUGAGGUGGAGAAGUUGCUAGCUGUUUGCUAUGGAGAUCCCAAUGAUAUCAAGAAACCCGGACUAUAUUUUAAAGUGCGUUGGUUGGGUUAUGAUUCUAGUUACGACACAUGGGAGCCAAUAGAGGGAUUGAGCGAUUGCAAGGAGGUCUUGAAAGAUUUUGUGACAAAAGGAUACAAGAAAAAGUUAUUGCCGCUUCCUGGUGAUGCUAAUUUUAUUUGCGGGGGCCCUCCUUGUCAAGGAGUAAGCGGUUUCAACCGUUUCAGGAACGCAGAAGCUCCAUUAGAGGAUAAAAAAAAUGGGCAAUUGAUUGUUUACAUGGAUAUUAUUGAUUUUCUGAAACCAAAAUAUGUCCUCAUGGAGAAUGUCGUUGAUAUUUUGAAGUUUUCUGGUGGUUAUCUGGGGCGUUAUGCCAUAGGCCGUCUUGUGGCAAUGAAUUAUCAAGCUAGAAUGGGCAUGAUGGCAGCAGGGUCUUACGGCCUUCCACAAUUUCGUAUGCGUGUUUUCCUUUGGGGAGCUCGUCCUACUGAGAAAUUGCCUCCAUAUCCGUUACCAACGCAUGAGGUGGUUUCAAGAGGUUGGGUACCCACCGAGUUUGAAGAAAUUACAGUAGCUUAUGAAAGCAAAGAAACCUGUCAGCUGGCCGAUGCUCUUGUACUUGAAGAUGCUAUAUCAGAUCUCCCACCUGUUUCAAAUGAUGAGAGCCAAGAUGAAAGGAAGUAUGGAACUGUUGCUCGAACCGAGUUUCAGAAAUAUAUUAGAUUGAAGAAAAAUGAAAUGGUGGGUAAUUUGGCUACUGCUCAAAGAACACCAUGUAGAAUGCUGUGUGAUCAUCGUCCUCUGCAAUUGAACAAAGAUGAUUAUGACAGAGUUUGUCAGAUUCCAAAGAAGAAGGGUGCAAACUUCAGAGAUCUAUCUGGAGUACUUGUGAAGGAUAACAAAGUUGAAUGGGAUCCAUCGGUUGAAAGAGUGAUGCUAGACUCAGGGAAACCUUUGGUCCCUGAUUAUGCUAUGAAAUUUGUCCACGGGACCUCUUCCAAGCCAUUUGGUCGUUUGUGGUGGGAUGAAAUUGUGCCAACAGUGGUGACAAGGGCCGAGCCUCAUAACCAGGUUAUUCUCCACCCUGCACAAGAUCGAGUUCUUACAAUUCGAGAGAAUGCGAGACUACAAGGGUUUCCUGAUUGUUAUAAACUUUGUGGGCCUAUCAAGGAGAGGUACAUACAAGUUGGAAAUGCUGUUGCUGUUCCUGUUGCUCUUGCAUUGGGAUAUACAUUUGGUUUGGCCUGCCAAGGAUUGUGUGAUGACAAUCCUUUGAAAACACUCCCCUUUAAGUACCCAAGUUGUCUUGCCCAAACUGAGAAUGAUGACCAUUCAAGUUGAGGCUGUUGCCGUUCUCUUUGCUGUUGCCAUGUUAACCUUUUCCAUUUCUAAUCUAACUAUUAAUUUGAAGGCCGAAAAGUUGAACCAAUGAUUGUAUGUACACUUGACAUUGUUUAUAAUGAUUUGAGAUUCGCUUUCGGUGAUUGUUUUGCAAAA